AUGGCAAGUGAUAUAAUAGAAAAAUGGUCGUGCUUACAGUGUACUUACGCAAAUUUUCAAACGGCAAAAGCAUGUACGAUGUGUCGUACUCCACGACACUCAGUUUUUAUUACCGAACCACCUUCUACUUCCAGUGCUGUUUGUGGUGGUGAAGAAACUGAACAACGGUGGCCUUGUCCAGAUUGCACAUACCUGAACGUCCUGAAAUCACGCCACUGUACGGUGUGCAUGUGUAAACGACCUACUAAUUUUGAUUCUGAGGACGAAAAGGAAUUCGUCUGCAAAGAUGAAUGCUCAGUCGAUCUCGAACAAGUUGAGAAGUUAGGAAAAGCACUGCAUAAGUGGGAUUGCUCGCAGUGUACUUACAAAAACUGGCCUAACGUUAAACAUUGCACAAUGUGUGGUACACCAAAAGAUUAUGUUUCUGUGGGCAUUGGUAGCGACAUCAUUGGUCAGGAUUCAUGUGGAGAAGGCGAUAUUGCAGCAUGUCGUUCCUUAGUCAAGGAAGAAACUGAUGAUCUAUCAAAAUAUAUGGAAAAAAGUACGAAAGAUUUUGCUGAAGAAGGGAGUGAAGACCAUCAUGGAGCUGGGAAAGCAGCUAAUGUAAAUUUAAAUAAGCGGAUUACCUUUCUCGACAUGUACCUUUCUCAUCUAAAUAAAUCAGUUGACACGGGUUGCGCAUCAUUCCUAGAAACAUGUGCUGAAAUCCUCCGACAAAGUAGUGAUGCUGAAGCUAAACUUAUUCAUUACAUUUAUCAUUAUGGCGAAGGCAAUCGAAGAAUCAAUGGCUUUGAGACUAUGUUGUUGAACGAUGUUGACGAAGACAGUGCAUCAACAGUUGUUAAUCGUUCAGUUAUUGAUAUCAUUCGAAGCAAGAACAGCAGGAUUUUGGCGAGUGUGCCAAGAUUUUUCAUGGAUUCCUUGUCUUGCACAGUUGCAAUUCCAGGAUUAG